AGCUGACCGAUUGUGGGCUGAACGUAAACAAAUUGCUUAAACGCUAUUUUCCGUUCGUUGCUACUCGCGAAAAGUCCGCUCAUAACAGAUCGAAACAUUUAAAUAUUAAUCUUAAACCAAUUACGUUCGAAGAAAACGUGUGGGUGUUAACUUUUAGGAUUUUAAUCAUCCAAAGUUUGCAUUGCAUCAGUACGCACUUACAGAAAGCCCGUGACUGUGUGCGUGUGUCGGUGUGUGUUGUGUAUGCGUCUCUGGCCUGAAGGUCACCUUGAAACGUCAAAAGCAAAAGCGAAACUUGUGAAUACCGCCUGUGAAUAUAAUAUCGCUAGUAACUGAAAAGCCACGGAAAGGAGCAGUAGUAGUAUUUAUAGGCCAUUUCAACAUAUAUAUAUAACCCAGCUCCAGCUGCGUGGUUAGAAUAGUUGAAAAAAUACAAUCAAAAUUAACUGGAUAAUAUAGGAGAAAAGACUUUCCUACAUCCAAUAUAGUGCAUAACAGUUGGUGGUUCCUAGUUUUGUGUGUUUGUGCGAUAAUAUCCCUUAACAUCUGAGAUACAUUUACAUAGUUACAAAAUAACAAAAAAAUAAGCAAAAAUAUGAAUUCCGAGAUUAAUCAACGAUUCCUGGCCCGUGGCUCGCAGAAGGACAAAGGAUUGGCGGUCUUCACCAGCGGCGGGGAUUCCCAGGGAAUGAAUGCCGCCGUACGAGCAUGUGUGCGUAUGGCCAUCUAUUUGGGCUGCAAGGUCUACUUCAUCCGCGAAGGUUAUCAGGGAAUGGUUGAUGGUGGCGAUUGCAUCCAGGAAGCCAACUGGGCCUCGGUGUCUUCCAUCAUCCAUCGUGGUGGCACCAUCAUUGGUUCUGCCCGUUGCCAGGACUUCCGUGAGCGUCAGGGACGCUUGAAGGCUGCCAACAACCUGAUCCAGAAGGGAAUCACCAAUCUGGUGGUUAUUGGAGGAGAUGGCUCUCUCACCGGCGCCAAUCUGUUCCGUCAGGAAUGGCCCAGUCUGCUGGAUGAGCUGGUCAAGAAUAAGACCAUCACAACCGAGCAGCAGGAGAAGUUCAAUGUGCUGCAUAUUGUGGGAUUGGUGGGCUCCAUUGACAACGAUUUCUGUGGUACGGACAUGACCAUCGGAACGGAUACGGCUCUGCAUCGUAUCAUCGAGGCCAUCGAUGCCAUUUCCAGUACCGCCUACUCUCAUCAGCGUACCUUCAUCAUGGAGGUCAUGGGUCGUCAUUGCGGCUAUCUGCCGGUAGUAGCCGGCAUUAUCUCCGAGGCAGACUACGUCUUUCUGCCCGAAUAUCCUCCGCCGCAAGAUUGGCCCGAUCGACUUGUCCUCAAGUUGGAACAGGAGCGUUCUGCUGGUCAGCGCCUGAACAUCGUGAUCGUGGCAGAGGGUGCCAUGGAUCGUGAGGGUCAUCCCAUCACUGCCGAGGAUGUAAAGAAGGUGAUCGAUGAGCGUCUUAAGCACGAUGCCCGUAUCACGGUUUUGGGUCACGUGCAGCGAGGUGGCAAUCCCAGCGCCUUCGAUCGUAUUUUGGCCUGUCGCAUGGGUGCCGAGGCUACUCUGGCCCUGAUGGAAGCCACCAAGGAGUCGGUGCCAGUAGUCAUCUCGCUGGACGGUAACCAGGCUGUUCGCGUGCCGCUGAUGGAAUGCGUGGAGCGCACCCAGGCUGUGGCCAAGGCCAUGAAGGAGAAGCGCUGGGCGGAUGCUGUCAAGCUGCGUGGUCGCUCCUUCGAGCGUAACCUGGAGACCUACAAGAUGUUGACGCGCUUGAAGCCCCCCAAGGAGAACUUCGACGCCGAUGGCAAGGGUAUCGAGGGUUACCGUCUAGCUGUGAUGCACAUUGGUGCCCCAGCUUGUGGAAUGAAUGCUGCUGUGCGCAGUUUCGUCCGUAAUGCCAUCUACCGAGGCGAUGUAGUGUAUGGAAUUAACGAUGGUGUCGAGGGUCUGAUUGCCGGAAAUGUCCGCGAGCUGGGCUGGUCCGAUGUCUCCGGAUGGGUUGGACAGGGUGGAGCCUACUUGGGCACCAAGCGUACUUUGCCUGAGGGCAAGUUCAAGGAGAUCGCUGCUCGCCUUAAGGAGUUCAAGAUUCAGGGUCUCCUGAUCAUCGGUGGUUUUGAGAGUUACCAUGCUGCCGGACAGAUUGCCGAUCAGCGGGACAACUACCCACAGUUCUGCAUCCCGAUCGUCGUUAUCCCAUCGACGAUCUCGAACAAUGUUCCCGGAACCGAAUUCUCUCUGGGAUGCGACACUGGUUUGAACGAGAUUACGGAGAUUUGCGACCGUAUUCGUCAGUCGGCCCAGGGCACCAAGCGUCGAGUGUUCGUUAUUGAGACCAUGGGUGGCUACUGCGGUUACUUGGCCACCUUGGCUGGCUUGGCCGGUGGUGCUGAUGCCGCCUACAUCUACGAGGAGAAGUUCUCCAUUAAGGACCUGCAGCAGGAUGUCUACCACAUGGCCUCCAAGAUGGCCGAGGGCGUCUCGCGCGGUCUGAUCCUGCGCAACGAGAAGGCCAGCGAAAACUACAGCACGGACUUCAUUUACCGUCUGUACUCUGAAGAGGGCAAGGGUCUCUUCACCUGCCGAAUGAACAUCUUGGGACACAUGCAGCAGGGUGGCUCUCCCACUCCCUUCGACCGCAACAUGGGCACCAAGAUGGCAGCCAAGUGUGUCGACUGGCUAGCCAACCAGAUCAAGGCGAACGUGGACGCCAACGGUGUUGUUAACUGCAAGGCCCCGGACACCGCCACGUUGCUGGGAAUCGUGUCGCGACAGUACCGCUUCUCCCCACUGGUCGACCUCAUUGCUGAGACCAACUUCGACCAACGCAUCCCGAAGAAACAGUGGUGGCUGCGCCUGCGUCCACUUCUGCGGAUCCUGGCCAAGCACGAUUCCGCAUACGAGGAGGAGGGUAUGUACAUCACUGUCGAGGAGGAGUGUGACACCGACGCCGUCGCCUAAGCGAACUCGGAUCCGGACUCUAUAUCCCCACUUCUGCUUACCGCCUCCAUCGCUGCAUCGAAGCAUCUAUGUUCUCCUAUCCGCACCCUCGAAUCUGUCUCUGUGUUCGCUUUUUGAGUUGUUUUGGCACCGCAUCCGAUCCGUUUUAUGGUUUUUCCCAAGAUCAGACGAAGAGGCCCAUGACAGCAGCACAUACGAAAGUAUUUCAUCAUCAACAGACGCAUACAAUACGCACAAAUACAUAACUUAUUUAUAUAUAUAUUGCCCGCCAAUUGAUUUUCUUAUGAUUUUUUCAAAAUAUCGCGUAUUCUUGAAUUUUGAAUCUCGAAUACUUAAAUAUCGUUAAUAGUUAAUUCUACAUUGCAGCCGUUCCCAAGUGUCUGCAGACCUGUUAGCGGACACCGUUUCGUAUGUUAUCGUAAAUUGUUGGUUCUUCAGCCCAACUAAAUUAAAUGUUAAAGUAUUUACACAAAUUACACCCAGUCAACGGAACAAAUUCUAUCUGCAAAGUGUUUUUCGAGUAUUGUUAUCGAACGAAGCAAUGAUCUAUUUAUAUCGGUGUGCUAAAUACAUUAUCAAAGACCUGUAGGCACAAUUUAA